AUGGAUGCACGUCCGUUCGAAUACGCAAACGAAGAAGAUGGAGACCGGAAACAAGAAUCCACCAUGGCACGGGAUGUUGAGUUGAGCGGCGACACUUCCGAUGGCUCAUCUCUGAAGGACACAACGGAGGAUUUGCUGAACGCUACGACGUUAUCGCCUCUGCGCAAACUGCACAUUGUUGUAGCGGGCUUUACCUGCACUUUCAAUGGCAACCUCGGGUCAUCCAUGCCUUCAGGCGCACUUGACGCCAUUAGCGAGCAAUUCGGAGUUACCGACCGCGUCCAUCUGAUUCUUCUCAACUCGCUAUUUAUGUGCGGGUACGUGCUUGGGCCUCUGCUAUUUGGGCCCUUGAGCGAGUACAUCGGCAGACGACCGGUGCUGAUCGGGACAUACUGCGGAUACAUCAUCUUCAUGCUGGCCUGUUCUGGAGCACCAACCUACCCGGUGCUGUUACUUUUCCGUCUUCUUUGUGGCAUCAACGCGGCAGCGCCAACAACGGUCAUCGGUGGACUCUACGCCGAUAUCCUCGAUAAUCCCGCGGUUCGAGGAAACGCCAUGGCACUUUACAUGACAGUCACAACUGUCGGCCCACUCAUCGGGCCCAUUGUUUCGGGCUUCUCUUCUCCGAUGUCCUGGCGAUGGCCCUUCUGGAUCGCCGGCAUCCUUGGAGUAUGCGGAUUGCCUCUCGUUCUUACUCUGCCGGAGACAUACGCGCCUGUUCUCCACAACAACGCAGUUAAGAGGCAGCUGAAACGAAACAAGGGUGCGGUUGAUGGCAAACAGCAACAGCAACUGCAGUUACAGCCUUUCAACGUACGAAAGAUCUUCCUCCGGCCCAUGAAGCUCCUCUUCACCGAGCCAAUCCUCAUGGCGACAUCUGCGUAUCUGACGAUGGCAUACUCUGUAUUUUACCUGUUAUUUCAGGCCUAUCCAGUCAUCUUCAAAGACUUCUACGGCAUGUCUCCCGGGAUGGCCGGACUUGCGUUCCUACCUGUUGUUCUUGGGGUGUUCUUUGCCCUUGCCAUCUUCUACGCAUGGACACAUUAUCACGAUAAGCAAUUUAAAGCCGGGGUGGAGUGGGCCUUGAAGCCUAUUAAUCGCAGACUACCUCUUGCAUGUAUUGCCGCUCCUCAAAUGGUCAUCGCUCUGUUCUGGCUUGGCUGGACCGUGUGGCCAUCCACCUCCCCUGUCUUGCCUAUGUUUAGCGGUGUACUUUUUGGCUGUGGAUUCAAUCUGCUCUUCAUGGGCAUGAUCAACUACCUCACAGACGUUUUCCGGCAAUAUUCCGCUUCAGCACAUGCAGCAGCCAGCAUGACGCGCUCAAUCGGAGCUAUCACCCUGCCUCUGGCGGCAGGCAAGAUGUAUGGCAACCUUGGAGUUCAUUGGGCUCCAUCAGUUCUGGGCUUUAUUGCCUUAGCCAUGGGAGUAAUCCCAUUCAUCUUUAUCAGAUUCGGCGAUAGCCUCGCUCGGAGUAGCAAGACAGCACGAGAGGCGUUUGCCAUUGGAAACUGA